AUGGAAGGGGCUUCAUUAAAAGAUAGACCAGACUUGACUUUUGAUAAUCAGCAACGUGAACAGCAGUUCUGUUUAUUCUUUAGAGGGUUACCACAAAAACCGGAAAAUUGUAUUAGAUUAUUUGAAAGAAGUACAGGGGAUUAUUACAGCAUUCAUGGAGAAGACGCUCUUUACAUUGCUCAAAAUUUUUACAAGACGUCGUCUGUGAUUAAAUAUUUAGGCGGAGACGUAAAAAAGGGAAUUCCCAGUUGCACGUUAUCUCGUCUAGCUGCCGAAUCUUUCCUGCGUGAUGCGUUAUUAAAUAGACAAAUGAAAGUGGAAAUCUGGGGUGGUGAACCUAGAAAAAAUGUUUGGAAAGUAAUUAAACGGGCAUCACCGGGAAAUCUACAAGAAUUCGAAGACUUACUAUUCAACAACGCAGAAAUUUCCGCGUCUCCAAUUGUAUUAGGCGUGAAAUUAGGCACGAAGGAUGGACAAAAAAUUGUUGGUGUCGCGUUCGCCGAUGCGUCUAUUCGUGAAUUAGGGGUUUCCGAGUUUAUGGAUAAUGAGUUAUAUUCGAACUUUGAGUCGAUGAUUAUUCAACUUGGAGUCAAAGAAUGUGUCAUCCCGACUUCUGAAACAGAUUAUGAGUUGAGCAAGAUUAAAGGCGUGUUGAAUAAAUGUGGGGUUGUUAUUACUGAACAGAAAAAAAUGGAUUUUUCGAAUAAAGAUAUUGAACAGGAUUUGAAUCGAUUAUUGGCUAAUGGAAUAUCAGUCACCACUUUACGUAUGUUAUAUAAAAUUGACCUUUGUACCUCGGGAAUAGUUAUAUUUGUGUUAAUAUUACUUGUUUAUGAUCAAUCAGCCGAAUUCGAUUUGAAAAAUGCUCUGGGUGCAUGCGCGGCUAUAAUCAAAUACUUAUCGUUAUUGACGGAUGAAAGUAAUUUUGGUCACUACAUUUUACGACAUCAUGAUUUAUCACAGUAUAUGAAACUGGACACGUCGGCUGUUCGAGCAUUGAAUCUGAUGCCGAGUCCGCAAGAUGGAUCGAACAAGACAAUGAGCUUGUUUGGCCUAUUGAAUAAGUGUAAGACUGCCCAAGGUGCGCGAUUAAUGUGUCAAUGGCUUAAACAGCCGUUAAUGGAUAUCAAAGAAAUAGAGCAAAGACAAACAUUGGUUGAAAUUUUUGUUGAGGAUAUGGAAUUACGGCACUUGUUAAGGGAAGAAGCGAUCAAAAGUAUGCCUGAUCUACAUCGACUGGCAAAGCGAUUUCAAAGAGGUGUUGCCUCACUACAGGAUGUUGUCAGAGUAUAUCAAGUGAUCACAAAGUUGCCAGUUCUGAUAAGCGUGUUGGAAAACAACUGUUCGAUGAACGAUGAACAUAGAGAACUUUUAGAAUUGAUAUAUAUAGUGAAAUUUAAGGAAUUCAUGGAGCAAUUAGAUAAACUGAAAGAAAUGGUAGAAACCACCAUCGAUUUAGAAGCCGUAGAAAAUCAUCAUUAUAUUAUUAAACCAGAAUUUGACAGCGAACUUCAAGAAAUUCACACUGCAAGGAAAUUACACUUUGAAAAAUCUACAGUACACGGGUACUGUUUUAGAUUAACACGUAAUGAUGCUGGGUGUAUACGAGGCAACAGUAGAUAUAUUGAACUUGCGACUCAACGAACUGGUGUUUUCUUCACAACGACCAAAUUAAAAGAAUUAAGUCAGAAUUUUUCAGAGUUUUCCGAUGAAUAUGAGAAAAAACAGAGUAGUUUGGUUAAAGAGGUUAUUGCGAUUGCAGCUACAUAUUGUCCGGUUUUGGAGACACUUAAUGGAUUAUUGGCGCAUCUUGAUGUGUUGCUUAGCUUUGCACAUGUAUCAAUUAAUGCACCGACACCCUACGUUCGUCCAAAGAUAAGCGAAAAAGGUAGCGGACACGUGCUAUUAAAAGGUGCUAGACAUCCAUGUCUAGAGGUUCAAACCGAUGUCUCCUUUAUUCCAAACGACGUAGAAUUAAUUCAAAAUAAAAGUGAAUUUCUGAUAAUCACUGGUCCAAACAUGGGUGGCAAAUCAACUUAUAUUCGCCAAAUUGGUGUAAUCGCAUUAAUGGCACAAGCCGGUUGUUUUGUACCCUGUUCUGAUGCAACGCUCUGUAUUUUCGACUGCAUUCUUGCGAGAGUCGGUGCGGGUGAUAGUCAGCUUAAAGGAAUUUCUACGUUCAUGGCAGAAAUGCUAGAAACUGCGACUAUUUUAAAGACAGCGACCGCGUAUUCCUUAAUCAUAAUUGACGAACUUGGUCGUGGAACCAGUACAUAUGAUGGCUUCGGCUUAGCUUGGUCAAUUUCUGAAUAUAUUGCAAAGCAAAUCCGAUGUUUCAGUCUAUUCGCUACACAUUUUCAUGAGUUGACAGCCCUCGCCGAUGAAAUAUCAUACGUGCGUAACCUCCAUGUAACAGCGGAAAUUGGCACAAAUUCCGAAGGAGGACGUGAUAUCACACUGUUGUAUCGUGUCAAUGAAGGUGUGUGUGAUGAGAGUUUUGGUAUUCAUGUUGCAGAACUGGCGAAUUUUCCCGAAACAGUUGUGAAGUUGGCUAGAUGGAAAGCAAAUGAAUUGGAAGACUUUUCGACGAACCAGAACUGUAUGGAGAUUGAUAACAAAAAUGUUCCAUCACAACCAUUAACAUCAAAAACUAAAUCCACACAUACAGAAAUUGAGCACGGAAACGCAGUAAUCUCAAAUUUCCUUCGUGAAGUCGCCGAUUCCGUAGACAUCGAUGAUAUCACCAAUAGUCAUUCUACGAAAUACGACACUAUGCUAGAGAAAUUACGAGGAAUCUCGGAGAAGUAUAGUAUUCAGAUCGAGACCAGCCCUUGGUGUCAGGAAGUUAUUACUGGCUUUUAG